AUGGGAAAAGCGAAGAAGACGAAAGUGUCAAAAUCGGCAGCAGAAGGUGGAGAUAGAUAUGUCCCAUUAGCUGAUCAAAUAUUAGACGACAAAAGUGUCAAAUCUACCAGUCGAGUGAAAGUUCGUAACCGGAAAGACAGAGACGACGAGUAUGUAGAUGACAAACUAUCAAAAAGAAUUUUGGAACAAGCCAGACAACAACAGGAGGAGCUGCAGGAAGAACAUGGAGCGAAGGGGAAGAGUAAAAAGCCAGCUCCGAGAACAACCCUUGGGACUGGAAAAAGCGAAGAUGACUCAGAGUCUUCUGGGGAUGAAGAUGUGGAAGAUGAUGAAGAAGUUUAUGAGUCAAUAGAGGUGAAUGAAGAGGAUGAGAAGGCCCUUCAGAUGUUUAUGAGUAAAGACCCUCCUGUCAGACGGACUCUGGCAGACAUCAUAAUGGAGAAAAUUACAGAGAAACAGACAGAAAUCCGCACACAGAUGUCAGAUAAUGCCAGUGUACAGAUGCAGGAGUUGGACGACAGAGUUGUUAACAUGUACAAAAGUGUGCGACCGAUUCUUCAGAGGUAUCGCAGUGGAAAACUGCCCAAAGCCUUUAAAAUUAUCCCCAACCUCAGAAACUGGGAACAGAUUUUGUAUUUAACAGAACCAGAUUCAUGGUCGGCAGCGGCCAUGUAUCAAGCCACACGUAUCUUCGCAUCAAAUCUCAACGCUAAAAUGGCACAGAGGUUCUUUAAUUUAGUUCUACUUCCGAGAAUUAGGGAUGACAUUGCUGAAUAUAAAAGACUUAAUUUUCAUCUAUAUAUGGCAGUGAGAAAAUCCUUAUUUAAACCUGCAGCAUUCUUCAAAGGAAUUCUUCUUCCUCUCUGUGAGGCUGGGAACUGUACGCUUAGAGAAGCCGUCAUUCUGGCCAGUGUUCUGGCUAAGUGCUCCAUCCCCAUGCUUCACUCUGCUGCUGCCAUAUUGAAAAUUGCUGAGAUGGACUACAACGGGGCAAACAGCAUCUUCCUGAAGACGCUGCUGGACAAGAAGUAUGCCCUGCCGUACCGCGUGGUGGAUGCCGUCGUCUUUCACUUCCUGGGAUUUCAGAGAGACAAGAGAGAGCUCCCUGUGUUAUGGCAUCAGGCAUUGCUGACCUUUGUACAGCGAUACAAGGAGGACAUUUCUAGUGAACAGAAGGAGGCUCUAAUGGAACUUCUACGUGCCCACACUCAUGAACUGAUCACACCAGAAAUACGGAGAGAACUUGUACACUCAAAAUGUAGGGAUGUUGAGGGUGAAAUGCCCCAAGGGAGUGGUGCAAUGGAGGAGGAGGAGGAUUGAGGGAGGGGGAUUACCCAAGGACUAGCUUACUGGGAAGUGAGGGGGGGGGCUUUGUUAACAGUGUCUUUGUUAACAGUUUGUGAUUGCUAAGAAAUGUUUGAACUCCAUGAUGUACAAUGUUAAGGCUUUUGCAAGGAGGCAAUACAUGUACAAUUAUAACGUUGUCGUGUUUCCAUAUUGAUACCUCCUAUGGUAACUGACAGGUCAAGUCUACUAGGCGGUCUGCCUAAGUUCCCUUCAUGCUUUGUCUGUCGCUAUACAAAGCACCUGCUAUAGGUAAUUUAAGCUUCUGAAGCAGUGCUCACACCUCCCUUUCCCGUUAAAUAUUUACAGCCCUGGAGUUUUUAAUCACCAUACACUACAGUGAACACUGGUUUAACAAUCAACAGUAAUAUUUAAAUCAUCAUUGUAAAAGAAUGCUGCUAAUAAUUUACAGUUAUUUGUUUUUAAAUAUUUAAUUAUGAUCCCACGUGUAACUGGGCUUUGCUAAAAAAAAAAAAAAAAAAAAGAAGAAAGUAUAAAGGAGUUAUUUUCUACAAGGUCUCCUAUCAGGGGUUUGCAUACUAUUGUGUAAUUAUAGAUGCAAGAUUGAAGUGACAUGCAACCAUAAUGAAAUAUUAAGAGAAAUAAGAUAUUCAUGUUUGGAAUCUUACCAAUGUUGAAAAUAAAGUGUUGUUUUAUAGUUA